UGUUCAAAUGUAUAUUUUCUCUGAUUUAUUUCAGUGUAAUUAUUCAAAUAUGUCAUUGCUUUUUCUGAAGGGUCUACGGCCUAGUCCUGUCUUAAGCAUUUUCUAGGUUUUGUUCUGUCUGUUUUGUCUUUAUUUUCAAUGUCUCUUCAUGGUGUCUGUUUUCAUGCUGUCUUGCAUGGUUUCUGUCUCCCCUGUCCCCUCUGUUCGUCCUUCCUCCUUUUGCUACAGAGAGGAGGAAUAUGAGGAGGAAGAAGAAGAGGAACACCCUAUCACAGAGCCUAAUACUGAGGAUGAGGGGGAGGAGCCCUCUAGGCAGGUUACUGUCAGCAAUGUUUCGACAGUUCCUGUGAUUGACAGCAUAGAACAAGCUGGUAGCUCAUGUUCGCCUUGUAAAUACAUAGUCAACUUCAUUCCAACCACUGCAGAGGAGAAAUUUCCCACUAGCCCUCCAGCCAAGAGCCCACCACCUUCGGCCACUGAGACUCCCGAUCUCCCUGAUUCAUCCUACCUGUCUCCACAACCCUCCGUCCUUGCUUCGUUGUUAGUCAACCGGAAGUUGCCUGCCAGCACAACCAGCACCUCAUCCAGAUCUGGUUCCCAGGGUUCCUCGGCAAACAUCACCCCAGCUGUAUCUCCAACAGUGGAGAAGCUGCCAUACCUUCCUCAUUCCCCAUUCCAUCUUUUCUCAUAUGACUUUGACGAGCCUUCUCCUUCUACAGUCAAAGACACAGAGGCUGAAGCAAUGAGGUGCCUCAGGUAGAUGCUAAAGUUAGCCAUUGACACUAAUACCUAAAAAGUAAACAAAAUGUCUUUAAUACUUCCAGAAAUCCACAUGGGCACUGCUGUUUUUUGUUUCUUAGGGAAGCACUUAACAUGGGUGUUUAACUAACUUGAGAUAACUGAGUGGAUAUUGUUAUGGAAGUGCAGUUCUAAAGGGUUAUGAACUCUUGAAACAGGUACUGCACCUCUCUCUCCCUUUCUCUUUCUAAUGGAAUGCACUUUUUAUUUUUAGGGUUCAGAAUACCUCUGCCAAAUACUAGUGGGGAGGUAUAAUUUCUUUAAGCCAGCAGCUGGCAAGCUAAAUUUUCCAUUUUACAACCCUGAGGGCCCUCCUGUAGUUUAUUGCUCAUCUGCCUUUCAUUGUGGUUGUGAGGAACUUUCUAGUUUAAAAAAAAAUGAAAGGAUAGUUCAAAUGCUGGUUAGCCAUCAAAGCACCUAUAAAAAUUGAGCAAACUGAAAAAACUGUUUUUUUUUUCCAUCAUAGACACUGUUUGGACAUGACAUCUUUCCUUGCAUCAAUUUUACUUCUAAUCAACCAGGGACCAGUUUAAAAUGAACUAAAUACAGCUGUUUUUGUGUCAUGUUUAAUGAUGGUAAAGACAUUUUUUUUCAAAGGAUCAUGGAGAUAAAUUCUACUUCUUAUUAUUGUCAGUAUCAGUU